UAUUUUUUUUUUAAGAAAUGUCAAUGUUUUAAAAAAAUGGAGCCGAAUAAAUCGUUGAAUGAAAAUUUUAUGUACAACAGCAUGUUGGCGAGAGCUUUGAUAUUAUUAGUCCCACCAAAUGAACGAGAUCUUUUAAGAUUAUGGAUAACGAAAUUACACGAAGUCGAAGAAACCGUCGAAAAUUUACGAAGAAGAAACGAAUACAUGUGGUUUUUAUUGUUAAUGUUGCAAAGUAAACAGCUUCAGAUGCCUUUUAUUUCAGCCCCACCAGUAGGAGAUUUGAGAGAUCUUAGAGAUCUUUUGGCAACGGAUGUUUAUGAGGAUGUGUUAACAUCAACUGAUUUGUCUUGGUUGGAUACGAUUCCUUUGACAAGUAAAGAACCUACGGGUCCAACAAAAACAUAUCCAAGAGCACCUCCAGCUGAAUUUAUGAAAAAUCAACCGAUUCCUUUUAAUGGGAUGAUUUGUUAUCUUGCAGCUUUUAGCGACCAUGAUUUUUAA